AUGUCUACUCAAUUUUCUUAACCCUUAAAUUAAAAAAGACUGAUUUAAGAGUUUCUCUUGAAAGGUAGAAGCAGAGAUAACGAUCUUAAAAUGAGUAAUAAAAAUGAAAUUUAGAUAGAUACCAAUAAAUCUUAAAUAUAUUUUCCACAGAUUGAACCUAAUUAAUGUCAACCAAAAUAAAUAAAUCACUCUUCAUCUUAAAACCUAAGCAACAUAAAUAUCGACAUCUAAAAUAAACUAAAUAACUAUUUCGUCGCUGGAGAUCUUUAAAAUGAACAAAGCAGGAGAUUUAUCAAAUUGAAGAAUAACAAAAGUGAAUCUUCCCAAUACAAUAAUUCGUUUAGCCCAUUUCUGAAAGAGAGAGAUUCCCUAGGAAAUCUUUUGAAAGAUCAAUAACUUGGUACAAAAAAAAGUGAAAGAUAUAUUCAGUAUAAGUUAAAGCAGUAUCAGAGUGGUAUGCAACUAUCGAAAGGAAGGAUUCCAAAUAAAAAUUAAAUAUUGCCUUAUUCUGGUUAUUUAAAUGAAAGUAGUGUAACAGAGCUUGAAUCGUUAAAUGCACAUAAUAGAAAGUACAGCGAAUAAAAUAGUGAGUCUUUCAAAGACAAAUAUACUUAGUUUGUUGUUAGAUUGAACAUUUUAGAUAAUCCCUCUCAAACAAUUUCAGAUGUGCUAAAAACUGAAGAUACUAACCACAACGCUGAUAGAUCACUUAAUUAAGAUUGUUCAUCAAUCUAGUUUUAGAAUUUUACUUUAAUGAAUCGUCUAAAGCAGUAUACUAUAAAAUAAAAAACUCCUUAAAAUAAGGACAUGUUUACAGUAAAUACAAGCUUAUUAAAUUAAAAUAGCUCCUUGAAUAAAUUAGAUAACUAAAGUAAAAAAUAUCAUUUGAAUAUUAAGAAAAUUCAUUAAAUACAACAAUCUAAUCCACCUGUUGGAAGCUAUAAUCCUAACUAUUCUCUGAUUUAAAAAAAUCAAUUAUCGCAUCGUAUAUAACCUAUAUUUCCGACCAGUAGAAGUUAAUAAAAGUAACUUGAAUAUGAAUAAUAGUACUAACAAAAAAGUCCUUCACAAAAAUAAGAUCAAAAAAAGAAACAGAUAAAUUCAGACAAUGAAGAAAAUUAUGAAAAGCUAUUCAACAAAAUGAUGAGAGAAAUAAAAAAAUAAGUUGAUUUAGAGCAGUAAUAAAAUUAAGGAAAUUUAUUACAUCCUGAUGGAGAUAAGGAAUUAAAAAAGGUAAUGUCAUCUGAAGAAAUGGAAAACUUCUCAAAUCAAUAUAAAAAGUAAAUGGGAGAUAUGAAAAAUAUAUUUAAUAGAAUAAGAUCUUCUCUUAAUUAAAACAAAUUAAAUAAUCUUGCUUCUUGA